AUGGAUUUGUCAUUCGCCAACGAGUUUGAUGAUAUAAUCGAGAUCAAUGAAGAGGAUGAGAUCAAUGACGUUCAAUCUGCAUUAGUCGAUGACGAUUUUUUGUCAGGUGAUGAUGUUUUUUGUUCGACUGAUCAUGAUAAUCCCUCAUUCGGAAAAGUCGACAUCAUGGAUGACCACAAUAUUCAAGUUCCUGAUGUUACAGACAUUGAAUUAUGUAAAGAGAGAAAAGAUGAUUGUCUUGAUCAACACUUGGUAAUAAGAGGUAAAUCGUAUUGGAUUUCUUCUAUCCCUGAUGAUAUUAAGCCAAUAAUAAAGCAUAAAUACCCAUCUGAUGAUGCAAUUGAAGACAUGUACAGAAGAUAUGCAUGUGCAACAGGGAAGGUUUCCCAAAUACAUCUCCUGUUGAUACUUUGGACCCAAAAAUAA